AUGGAAUAUAAUAAAAAACGUAGAGCUGAAGACAACAGCGAAAGUAAAAAACGUAAGUUAGAAAGUGAUCUUUCAGGGGACGAAUAUGAAGUAGAAGCAAUAGAAAACCAUAAGUAUGUAGAUGGUAAAAACUAUUACCGUGUCAAAUGGAAAGGUUAUGAUGAAAGAACGUGGGAACCAUCUCAAAACUUGAAUAAUUGUAAGGAAAAAUUACACGAGUAUAAAUUAAGCGUGAGAGGACGUCAAGAACCGAAUAAAUUAAAGAAAGGCGAGCGUGAUGGUGAUUCAUCAACGACGACUAAAUCCAGUAAUCAGAGGGUAGUUGCCAAAAAAGAUGCAAAAACGAUUAAUUAUAAAAGGUUUUCUAAUGGUUCAAAAUACAGUCUUCCCACCGCUUUUAAAAUUUCAAAAGGAGAUGCGUCGAAUAAUGCCUAUCCGAAUAAUACACAUAAUAAGAAAAAGGAUGAUUCAAACUCGGUUACAAUGCCGUUGGAAGUAAGGUUGCCUCCAUUUGGACCUGGUGAUCGAUCAAUUAAUUUCAAAAAUAAACCACCCAAAUGGUAUGGAAUUAUAUGUAGGAUAAGAAAUGAAGAAGAAAUGAAUGUAGGAAAGGUACAAAUUACAAAUUAUACUGAGGAUUCAAUGGAAAAUUUUCCUUGCUUCGAUUUAGAAGGGUUUCUUAAGGAUUCAUUUAACAAAUUCCCUAUAUAUCUCGUGACUAUUUCAACUUCCAUAAAAGAUGAAAUGUCAGAAUUGGAUAGACUUCAAUCUUUUCUAUUAAAAAGGUUUAAGGUUGGAGUAAUAAAUAUUGAAAAUUUGACACUUUAUUUAUUACCAACUUCAGAAACAUCUAGUGAACUUCUUGGUGUAGAUAGACCAAGUAAUGUUAAUGAUCUUUACUUUGUACUUCAAUUACCAAAGAACGAAUUAUCUAAUUAUUUGAAAUCGCAGCCUUCUUCAACAAAAAAGUACAAAUCUUCUAAAUCUACUAAACAGUUGACAUACCAUGAAGCGCAACGGAAUAAUUUACCACCAAUUUCGAUAUCACCACCACGUCGACCUAUUCAAAAAAGUUUCAAUCCAAAUAAUGAGACUACUAGUAAUUUGGAGUUGCAAUCUCCAACAAAAAAAUACAGCGUUCCUUCAUCAUCAUCACGCCCAACGCAGGCAAGUGUUCAUCAAAAUAAGGAUGACAUGGAUAUACAAUUUCCAUCACCUAAAAGACACAAAGGUUAUGCCGGUAUAGAUCAGUUUAAAGUGCAUCAAAAGAACAUGCUACCAAAUAUACAAUCCGUACGCCCAACGAAUACUAUACCUAAAGAGAUAUCUAAACCCAUUGUUGCGAAUGAGCCUGUGAAAUAUUCAGUUAAUUUAAAUGAAUUUGAUGGUCUGAACUUUACUGUUGUUGGAUCUGCGUAUGUUGAAAGUCAAAGAGUAAUUGCUUACUUAAAAGAGAUGGGUGGAAAUGAAGUGUUAGCAAAGGAUCCUAGUAUGGAUUGUGUGAUUUCAUUGGAAGAUUAUGAUAUGGAUUCGGAUAGAAUUACAUUUGGUUCAAUGGAGUGUUUAAUAAAAGUUCAUUACGAUAAAUAUCGUCAUUUUGUUGUAAUUGAUGAGAAUUACGAACCGUCUGUUGAGAAUGAAAUGAUAGGGAUCGAAACUAUGUCAAUUGAGAAGUUAAAACAAGAAUUUGAAGAAAAUAGAGAAAUAUUUGUUUAA